AUGGGUAAAGUGUCAUCCAAUGAUGGUCAAUCCAAGACUCCAAAACAGAAAAAGCAGUCGAGGAGUACCAAGGGAAAGUAUUUGAGACCAGGAGCUUUGGCACAACUACAUUACACUAAGGUAGCCGCUGCUAAAUCUUGUGCGGAUCUUGGGAAAAAAAGGGUAAUUGUAAUAACUUCAGAUGAAACAAAGGAUCAAGCUGCACUUCAAAAUGAUGUUAUUGAUAAAAGUUCCAUAUUUUUAUCACCCAUGAAAUUUUGUUAUGAUUCUGGGAAUACACCCAUUGAUGUAUCUAAGCAGAAUAAAUUGCAAAGGACACCAAAAACACCUGGUGCAUCUGAGUGCAUAGCAGAGUCAAGGCUCGAGUCUCUUCCAAUGAAUUUAUUGGUAUAG